UACCCGUGCUUCACUGACAUCUUUGCGUGGAUAAGUUCAAACGAGUCUGCACCACUUUCAGACUCAGGUUUCGCCUCUUAAACAGCCCAGAAUGGCUUUCCAGUGUCAGAGAGACUGUUAUAUGAAAGAGUUUGUCACCUCUGUAGUAUCCUGCUGUCCUGCGGAACUAAAACAAGAAGUGAAUGGAAAGAAAGAAACCCUUAAAGGUUUUAAUGUCCUGCUCCAAGAUACAAUCUUAUUCCCUGAGGGAGGAGGCCAACCAGACGACCAUGGUCUGAUUGGAGAGGUUCCAGUUUUAAGAGUGACCAGGCAGGGACCGGAUGCAGUCCACUUCGUGACCUCACCUGUGGAGGAGCGUCAGGAGGUGCGCCUGACUGUAGACUGGGAGAGGAGGUUUGAUCACAUGCAGCAACACUCAGGCCAGCAUUUAAUCACAGCCCUGGCAGAUGCAAUGUUUGGAUACAAGACCACUUCCUGGGACUUGGGCCGUCACAGAAGCACAAUCGAACUGGACACUCCAUCAGUUAAAGCCGCGCAGCUUCAGGAACUGGAAGAAGCCGUGAAUGAGAAGAUUCGAGCUGGGAUUCCCGUCAAUGUUCAACUCCUUGAUUUAAGCGACCCUGCUGUGGAGAAAGUGAGGAGUCGGGGGCUGCCAGACGACCAUGCAGGGCCUAUUCGAAUCAUCGACAUGGAGGGCAUUGAUGCCAACAUGUGCUGUGGAACCCAUGUGACCAACCUCAGCCACUUACAGGUCAUAAAGCUGCUGGGAACAGAGAAGGGAAAGAAAAACAAAACCAACCUCAUCUUCCUUACAGGGAACAGAGUCCUGAAGUACGCGGAGAAGAGCUACAGCACAGAGCGAUCGCUGGUCUCUCUCCUGAAGACGGGUCCAGACGAGCACGUCGAGGCCGUGGAGAAGAUCCAGAAGUCUGUCAAGAUGCUACAGAAGAGCAACCUGAGUCUGCUGCGGGACAUGGCCGUGCUUAUUUCUCGGGACUUUAAGAACAACCCUCACAGAGGAAACUUCUUCAGCUUUCACAAAAAAGAAGGUGACAAUGAGUUCAUGAACAUCAUCGCCAAUGAAAUAAACACAGAGGAAACUCUGGUUUUCCUCACUGUUGGAGAGGAAAAGGGAGCCGGUUUGUUUCUCCUCGCUGGACCUAGUGGACAAGUUACCAAAUUAGGCCCACGGAUUUUGGAGUUGCUUCAGGGAAAAGGGGCGGGGAAGAGCGGGCGUUUCCAAGGCAAAGCCAACAGUCUGGCACGCAGAGAGGAGGUGGAGGCUUUCCUGAGGCAGCACUGCAAACAUCACAGCUCAGAGGAAGAGUAAAGCCUGCAGCAGAGAGCGCCCCCUGGAGGGAACUGCAACUCCACAACGACUUUAAACCCCAGUAAAAGAUGUGUACAGAACGUUAAAAUAAAGUCACAUUAUUGCAGUGGCAUGCUAGUAGAACAUUUAGAAAAGUCUGAUCUUUAUUUAGGAGCAAAUUUAUACAUAAACAGUUUACAAAAUAACUGGCACAACUGCUGACACCUGUUCUGUUGAAACAUGUUUGGAGCCUACAGGGUGUUUGCACUGCUUCUCUAGAUUCUCACAGCUGUUCUAUCAGAUUUCAGUCUGAGGCUUGGCCUGACCCAGAGAGAAGGUUCAACCUGUUUAGUGACUCAUUCGCCCCUGAUGGCCCAUUUGCAGUUUUCUUGUAGAGUUGACUGUGAUUCUAUUUAAAAUGUGAAAGUUGUAUUUCUAAGCAUUCAUGAUGGCAGGCAAAGGAUGCUUUGCCCUCAGCAUCACAGGUCUCUCACCGUACUGAGGUGGUAACAGCCUGGACAUGGAUACAGCUAAAGCUACAGUUUAGCUUGGCAUGCGAACAUUUGUAAUGUUAGGGGUUGCUACGGUGACCACAAGAUGCCACAGCAUGCUGCAGCUCUGUGACAGUUUGGGAUUUUUUGUCACCAUUUACACCCAUAAAAACUAGAAGUCAUGAAUUAGACAUUUCUUGAAAAGUCAGAGAAAUAAAAUGUGUUGCGUUUUUUGUAUUAGUUAUUUUGUUAAACAUUUCUUAUUGUGGACAUUCUUCCAUGCUGAAUAAAGUUUGUCCAGUAUUAGAUUAUUUUCUAAACAUUUUAGUGAUAUUCUGCAAUAUAUGGUGAGUUUAUAUUAGGUCUGUACACAUCUUUACCAGAGAUGCCAGUUUGUCUAUUUCUGUAUGUAGAUGUUAAUUUUUUUUUUUAAAUACUGGAGCCCUUUUCUAAUGAUGUACAUAUUUGUAUGUGGGAUACUGACAGGUGGCUCCUAUAGCCAUGUGAAAUACAGGAUGAUGAUUCAGAAUAGAAAUGCAGCCUCCGUUUAAAUUAAACUGUUUUUACGGUGCACCGUCUGAGCUGCUUUUGCAUAUUUUACCUCCAUGUGAAACAUAACAUUAAAAAACAAGAUUGUUUUAAUGUUAUGCAAUGAGAUAUGAAAGAACCACAAUAUGAAAAAGAAAAAAAAAAACUUAAUACAUCAGCCGCAUUUCAUAAACCUCUAUGCUGAAUGAGUAUUUUAAUAGAUUAAGUUGAAUUUUAAUGAACAUGCAUCUUUGGGACUUAAAAUUUGAAACUGUAUUAACCAGUUUGUCACUGAACUCCUGUAUCAGUUUCCCAUAUCGGUUUGCAGACAUAAUAAAUCAUAGAGUUGAACAAG